AGAAACAGAACAUAGAUUCAAAGCAAACGAAGCAGAGAGAGAAGAGAGGAGAGAAACUCAGUUUCCUCUACCUCAGAGUUGACUAAAUUUCCUUCUAAACACGGAAUAGAAGAAUCAAGGAGGAACAAAGAGUCAGUCAAGUAACUUCAUCCAUCUCUUCCUCUCUCUUUCCUAUUUUUAUUUCUUUCGCCGUAAGAUUUGUGCCACACGAAGCAUUUCUCACUUCUGACAAUUCUCUCUCACAAUUUCCUCACAGCCACUGCUAUUUUGUCGGUUGCAAGCUGCUGAAGAAACUGAAUAUCUCAUUCGAUCUACCCGGAAAAUUAAGGUGAUUGGAGAUAGCAAGAAUUCUGGAUAGAUUUGUGUUUUUGGUGUCAUUGUUGUGUGUGGAUGAAUGAGUUGAGCUUGACAUCUACAAUUAUUUGGAGCGAGUUCCAUUUUUAGUAAGAUGACUGAACAACCUCGGAUAGUUAGGUGUCCCAAAUGCGGGCAAUUGCUUCAAGAGUAUUCACACUUUACGUUAUAUAUGUGCGGAGGAUGCUAUACAACUCUUGAAGCCAAGAAACGAAAAAAGGAGGCUGCCAAUCCUGAAUCCUGCAGACGUGAAACUGAUGCAGCUCCUAAAAACGUGGUGAAUCUUGUUUCAGAAGAUAAAGGAUGCAGCAAAGUAGAGCAGCCUGCUCUUCCUCAUGAGAAUGUGCUGAGGAAAAAAACAACUAACUCGUCCUCAGAAGAAUGCUCUUUGAAGGGAGGUGAUGGCGGCAAUCAAAUUGAAAAUGGGGAAUGCAAUAACAGGCAGUUAAUUCUUCAGGAGAAUGCUGAUAGUACAAGAAGAACUAGUUCUUUCUCAGGAGAAUGCUCUUUGGGUGGGGAUAGUGGAAGUAAUCAAAAUGAAAAUGGGGAAUGCGAUGCAAACCAAUUAGUUCUUCCUCAGGAGGAAAUUGUGAUGACAGAAAGAAAUAAUUCUUCCUCAGGGCACUGUUCUUUGAAUAUAAAUGUUGUAAGGGAUCAAAGUGAGGGUGGGGAAUGUGAUGAAAAGCAACUGCCUCUUCCUCAACAGACUCUUCUGAGGGAAGAGUCAACUAUUUCUUCCUCAGCAGAACAUUCUUCGGAUGUCAAUGAAAAUGGAGACCUCAAUAGAAAGCAGCUAGGUCUUCCUCAGGAGAAAGUUCAGAUGACAAAAUCGACUAGUUCUUCAUCAGGAGAAUAUUCUUUGGAUGUAAACGACCGCAAGGAUCAAAACAGAAAUGAGGUAUGCAAUGGAAAGAAGCUAGUUCUUCCAAAUGGGUCAAAAGCAACUAGUUUUUCUUCAAGAUCUUUGGAUCAAAAUGGCAAUGAGGAUCAAGAUGGUAAGGGGGAGUGCAACAGAGAGCAGAUAGAUCUUCCCCAUGAGAACAAUAAGAUAACAGAAUCAACAAGUUUUCCCUCAGGUGAAUGCUCGUUGGAUGAAAUUCGUGGAAAAGAUCAAAAUGAAAACGGGGAGUUCAAUGUGGCUUUCAGUCUAUCAGAUGAAGAGAUGGAAAAGGAGAUGAAUAUCGAUAAACUGUCACAUGCUAGAUUCAAGCAGCAUAAAAUAUCCAACAAUGGCUGUCCUACUGAGCUAACAGAGACAAAGAUUGAGGCCUCAUCAAUGAUGGGAGGAGAGAGUUCAGCAGAAGAGACAACUGAUGCCCACUUGCGAUUAGCAAGAGCAGCAAGGUCACAUAAUAGAAACUUGGCAUUUCAGGAAGCAAAAGAGCAGUUAAUCAGUACUUCAGGUGGAGUAGAUGCCAACAAUGACAAAUCCACUAAAAUAGAACUGAAAACUGAAGUGGGAGUUACUAGAAGCGAUGAUACUGCCAAAAGUUUAACAGAAGAUAACUCAGCAUUGGGUAAGGGGAGUACGUCGGGUGAUCCUGUAUCUUCUCAUGAUAAACAAAUGAAGCAAGGUCUGGAGCCUAAACCAUAUACUUCUGAUAACACAGAAGCAAUCAAUCAGAGUUCAGAGAUUAGUGGUGAUCUUGGAGAAUUGUCUAAAUCCCCAACCACAAAAAGCUGCCAUGCUUAUGAUGGCAGUGCCUCUUCUUAUGAUGAAAUGGAUAAGCAAUUCCCUGACCGACAUUUGAAACCUUUUGAGAACAAUAACGAUGCGGCUAAUCUCAUUUCUAAGGGAAGGCAUAGAAGGGGGAAAGGCCCUAUCAAUAGCAUGAAUAUUCCACCUGAUUUGCCCAGGGGAAAGCAUCAUGUCAUGAAAGACACCAAAAGGAGUCAAUACGAAGUGCUAGAGACUACAAGGCAUGACCGUGCAGUUCGUCAUCGAAUGAGAGCAGGGACAGAGCAUCAUCCACCUCGGAUGCCUUACCAUCGAAGUGGUUCACAAUCUAGCUAUGGAAGUGUCAUCCCAUCAAAUCAAGUACCUGAUGAUGAGCACUAUUUCAGUAGCUCAAGCUUUCAUUUCACAUGA